CCGUCGCCUCCGACUCUUCUUUCUUCUCUGUGCUAAGAGUAGGUUGUUAUGCGCGUUUCUUUUUUCUUUCUCUGAUUCGACAGGGGAAGCCUCAGGUCUCUGGUGCUUCUCCCUCUCCUUUGCGCUGCCCUUCGGGGUCUCCGUGACUGAAACUCGAUCGCAUUUUCUCAUUUUCUGUUUUCCUCCAAGUCAAACCACCCUUCAAUCAACUUUGGAGUCAUAUCUCCCUCUCAUCAUUUAUGCGCUGCUGUCGUCCCACUAUUUUCCCCAGUGUCGGAAGGUAGUCAAUCACACCUCACGCCUUCAUCCUCCUUCAUUACAGUGAAUAAUGUCGUCCAAUCCUGGCCAGAUCCCCCCAUCCAAAGCGGUGAAUGUCCCAAGUCAGCCAGCCCCCGCAACAUACCAUUCAUCUGAGGUUAGCGCGCAGCGACGCGCUGGAGGGUCUGGCAGUUUCGGAGCCGGUUUGACAUCAAGAGCACCCAGCUCCCCGAGAAAUAAUCAGGCGAAAAGGAUUCAGCGACAACGGCGACCCAAGGUAUUGGAUGAUGACGAUUACAGUGAAUCAGCCAUCAUGAAGUCUUCAACUAGCCGCAAAGGGCAGACGUCCAUCACGCAUCUAAUGAAUUUCUCUCUUCCCCCACGCCCUCAGUAUCAACCUCCGCCCCGCAAUGCCCGCCGUUAUACCUCCUGGGGUCCAGGAUCCGGUUAUCAUGCGAUGGAUAAAGCUCGCUACGUGCAUGCGAAUUACCGUUUCAUUGUGAAUCCAACACAGAAUUAUCACACCCAGGCAGCUAAUGCUGACGUUCACCUGGACUGGGAUUCAGUUCUUCAAGUCCUGGUGUCUGCACAAACUCAGUCCGCCAGUUGCCCUAUCUGUCUUUCAACUCCGGUUGCCCCGCGAAUGGCCCGAUGUGGCCACAUUUUCUGCCUCCCAUGCCUCAUCCGCUAUAUGCAUUCCACCGAUGAGGAACAUACGGUACCUGAGAAGAAGCCGCGUUGGAAGAAAUGUCCCAUUUGCUGGGAUUCGAUCUACAUAUCCGAAGCACGCCCUGUGCGGUGGUUCCGUGGUCAAGAAGGUGAUCUUCCUGUUGAAGGCGGUGAUGUCGUUUUGAGGCUGGUCAAAAGAAUUCCAGGUAGCACUCUGGCGCUGCCUCGAGAUGGGGCUGAAGCCAUCGCUCCCGGAGUGGAUAUUCCGUGGUAUAAUGUUGCAGAAAUUGCCGACUAUGCCCGAAUAAUGAAGGGGGGUGAGGACUAUAUGAAGGACCAGUAUGAUGCAGAGAUUUCCGCAUUGCGAGCGCAAGAGGUCGAAGAUGAACUUCUCUUUGGUGACGAUUCUACAUGGAGCAAGAAGGCCGUUGCCGCCAUCAAUGAGGCGAAAUCCAAACUGAUUGACAUUGGGAAUCCUCCAGAGAACGUCGAGCGACGAAAGUUCGAACUACCAUCGGAAGGUGAAGUUUUGAUGACGUCUACCUCGCAAGAUGCUACACGGCCAGGUGUAGAGUCUUCUUCGUCUGAAUCUCAACGUACCGAGGGUGACUCCGAGAAUCAGGAUAUUGCCAACAAGGUGGAUCGUGCGACUGAGGCACUAAAUCAGGUCGAUUUGAAUGUUACUGGCGCGAAAAACAAAAAGAGAGACCCCGGAAUUAGCCGCAGUCCUGAACAUGCUUUUUAUUUUUACCAAGCUCUACCUCAUUUCUACCUAUCCCCGCUGGACAUUCGCAUUCUCAAAGCCGCCUUCGGUGAUUAUCCUUCGUUCCCAGCUACGAUUCUGCCGCGGGUUGAACGGAUCUCUACUGGACAUAUUGUCGACGAUGAACUCCGGAAAAGGGUCAAAUACCUUGGCCACCUCCCAUAUGGAUGCGAGGUGAACUUCCUCGAAUGCGACUGGCGCGACGUUGUUCAGCCGGAAAUUCUGCAGGAGUUCAAAACUGAAACAGACAGGCGGAGGAAGCGCAACCGAGAUAAAGAGGCUCGGGAAGAGAAGGAUCGCAUUCGCGCGGAACGGGAAGAAAAUGAGAAGGGUUGGGCCUCUGCGUACCGCAAGAGACUUAGCAUUGGUAGCAGCAGUGACCCUCCAUUUUCCGAUCGCGAUUUUCAGCCCCUAGCAAGCGGCCCUUCGGGCUUUGAUAUGUCUCCUCCUGAUGGGGGACUAGAACCUCCAUCCGCAAGCCCACCCAGCUCUCGUACUGUCUGGGGUACGGCAGCGGUGGCGCCGCUUUCCCAGCCGACCAGCUCUCAGGCAGCUGCUUCCGAUGGCUGGCUUCGAGGUUGGGAGGAAGAGCUUUGGGCUCAGCAAGAACAAGAGGUUCUUGCACAAUCAAUUGCUGAGGGAGCCGGUACACCCACUCCUUCCGGUGGUAAGAAGAAGAAGAAUAAGAAGAUUACCCUCAUGUCGACGAACAUACAGCGUGGGGCCUGAUUCUUUGAGCAUCGGGUAGAGAAUUACUAGAUUACGAGAGCAAGAGGCCAACAACAUAUUGAAGUCAUCAAGGCAACUCCACAUGUAGAGGCCAUUUGAUUGAGUGCUAUAGUAUAUAUGAUCAAUG